AUGGCUUUCUCGCUGAGCAUCCAAACCCAAACCUUGGGAGAAUGGGCCUCAUUAGGGCUCGCCAGCACAUCACUGAACAUGUCCAUGCCCGACCACGUCCUCCGCACACAAGCUGAUCUCGGCGAACUGGACGCAUUCUACAAUAUUGAUAUAUCCACCCGCCGACACGCCGCACUGCAUGAUUAUCACCAGAACGAGCAGGACCUGCUCGCCCAGAUUGAUUUCGAUGCGUUGGACCAGCAGGGCCGCGUGGACUAUAUCAUGCUCCGCACGUAUCAUACACGGCAACUGAAUAACCUGGACUUGGAGAGGUCGUCGCAAGAGGAGUUUUCCCCGUUGAUUCCGUUUGCGGAGGAGUUGGUGACGCUGCUUGAGAAGAGACAGGAUGUUGAGACGCUGGAUGCGAAGGGGGCUGCGAAGGCGCUGGAUGAUAUCAAUAAGUCUAUCACCAAGGUCCAGGGGAAAGUGCAGAGCGGGGGGUUUAAUGUCACCGAGACGACUGGGUAUCUAGCCAGCAAGGCCAUAACAGACCUCCUUGACCAUCUGGGGGAGUGGUACGGUUUCUACUCAACAUAUGACCCCCUUUUCGACUUCUGGGUUACAACGCCCUGGACGACAGCGAACACGACGCUCACCGAGUACUUGACCACCGUCGAAACAGAACUAGCGGGUAUGCACCAGGAAGGCAAAGAAGACGCAAUAAUUGGCGAGCCGAUCGGGCGGAAGGGCCUGGAAGUCGAGCUCGAGGCUGAGAUGAUCUCGUACACACCCGAAGAACUAAUCCAGAUCGGAAACCAGGAGCUGGAGUGGUGCAUGGCCGAGGUCAAAAAGCAGUCGCGCGCUCUUGGAUACGGUGAUGACUGGGCGAAAGCCCUGGAGCAUGUUAAGAACGACUAUGUUGAGCCGGGGAAGCAGACGGCGCUGGUGCGCGACCUUGUUAAUGAAGGGAGUAACUUUGUCACGGAUCGCGAUCUCGUUACGGUGCCCCCGCUGGCGAAUAGUACCUGGCGCAUGGUCAUGAUUGGAGCUGAGCAGCAGAAGGUGUCGCCGUUCUUCCUGGGUGGACCGACGAUCUAUGUCUCGUAUCCUGUUGUGUCGAUGGAGCAUGAUCUGAAGCUCAUGGUGAUGCGCGGGAACAACAGGCAUUUUGCGCGUGCGACGGCGUUUCAUGAAAUGUUCCCUGGUCAUCGACUGCAGCUUUACAUGGCGGACCGGUAUAACAGCCAUCGAAAAGAGAUCUUCGAUACGCCGUUCUUUGUAGAGGGCUGGGCGCUGUAUUGGGAGAUGCUGUUUUAUGAGCGAGACGACUUCCAUCGCUCGCCUGAGGGCCGGAUUGGAGCGCUCUGGUGGCGGAUGCAUCGCUGUCUGAGGAUCAUUUUCUCGAUCAAGUUCCAUCUGGGCGAGAUGACGGCGCAGGAGGCGGUUGACUUGCUGGUUGAUACGAUCCACCAUGAGAGGAGCACCGCCGAGGGAGAGGUACGGCGAUCUGUUGAGGGCACUUAUUCGCCGCUCUACCAGGCUGGAUAUAUGCUGGGUGCGUUGCAGCUGUGGAAACUGAGAGAGAUGGUGGUGGAUUCUGGGGAGAUGGGCCAGAAGGAGUACCACGACGCGAUCUUGAAGCUGGGUGUGUUGCCUAUUGAGAUGGUCAAGGUGGUUAUCACGGGCGAAGAGCUCUCGCGCGACUUUAAGCCGGGCUGGAAGUUUUAUGACUUUAAUUGA